CUUUCAAAUCGAAUGAAGAAGAAUUUGAGUUUGACCUGCUUGACGUAUCCUUUGAGUUUUAUUGAUUAUUGUUCUUGUUUUUUUAACUAUUCGUGUGUUCAGUGAAAGAAUGUUGUAAUUUGAGGCUGAAACUUGUGCUCAAGCUUUACAAGUACGAUGAAUGGGUCUUCGCAACCAUCGGAACAUGGGGCGGCAGCUGGAAAUCGUGAGGAUUCGACCAGCCAAAGUCAUGAUUCAACGGCGACUGGUUUCACUGCUAGGCCAGAUGCCAAUAAGGCAUUGCCGACCAGUUCGGACGCAAUUUUUGAAGUGGAAACUUUGAUUGAAGAACUGCCAAGAACGGUGGAAAUACCUAGCAGUAUUCAUGUGACUGCCAGUUGUUCUUUGGAAGAUAUUCCACCGCCCAAGGCCGAUUACAACGCACCUCCGCCAUACGAGUUGGCAACUCAAACCACAAAAUUACCCACCUAUGAAGAAGUUCAACGGGAAAAGGAUUUUGAAGAUGGAAUAUUAGGAAUAAACAUGGGGAAUGAUUUCAUACAUCCACCAAGUCAAAGGGACCUGCUGCCUGUCGAUAAUGAAGUGAAUGACGAAGAUGAUACAAGCGUGUUGGGCACGGAUUUUAUGUUUUAUAUCGCUUUCUUCGUGGCAUUUGUUUUCAACUGGAUUGGGUUCUUGCUGCUGAUGUGUUUUUGUCACACGAUUGCGUCCCGGUAUGGAGCUCUUUCUGGUUUUGGACUCUCAUUGGCCAAAUGGACGUUUAUUGUGCAUUAUUCUGCUAACCUGGCUGCCCAGGACAACGGCUGGUUGUGGUGGCUGAUAAUGUGUUUUGGCCUGAUCAUCUGUAUCAGGGCUAUUUUUCAAUACUUGAAUAUCAAACGUGGUUGGCAUACGUUGUCAACCACCCACCAGGAGAGGCUUUUAUUUUUUUAUUAGGUUUUAAAGCGUCACAAUUUUUCAAAAUUAUUAAUCGGAUUAUUGUGUAUCUCCUUGUAUAAUACUUUAUGUACAAUUAUGAAACAGUUUAGACACUUUAUGGGUGCAUUUCCUAUAAAUUACAAUUUAUUGUUGCACAGUUACAAUGGUGCUCCUUUUGCACAUUGUAAUGCUGAUACACAUCAGCGGGAAAAAGUUCUACAUUUUUGUGUUCUACAUUGUUAUGUAAGUUUUUUAAUUUUCUAAUUUUUACUCGUUUUAAAUUAAAGUAGUAUUAAUUGCAAUAAAACAUGUAAUAAUUUAGGAUAUUUUGAUGAAAAAUCGACUCAAAAUAAUUAUAUUUUGUUGUUGAGAAAAAGUAGCAUGUUAAAAUAGUAAGGAAGUGAUUCACAUAUUCGAAUAACUUCCAUUGUACUUGUUCUAGAAGGUUCGCAUAGUCUCAGCUGCGCCCUGUUCUGUACAUUUAGGCAGGUUCUUUUUCAAUUUGGUAUUCGUCAACUGAAUUUUAUGUUUAUUCUAAGUCCUGCAUCAUUACGUUGUAGUUUUAUAUGGUUGACAGUACAAGAAAGGCCCGAAUGGGUCGCAAAUAUCAACUAGGUGUAAAUAAGUAUGUUAAUGAUCGGAACGCUCAGUGCUUCGCAUACAUUAGCUUUCACUUUCUCGUUCCACCCACCAUGUUUACAGAAGUGUUCUUUGUAUGUGAAUAAAUAGCAAACAUAGA